CUGCCAGAGCUUCUAGUCCUGCUCUGACUGCCCUCACCCAACGGGAAGAUGAAGGUCCCUGCAGCCGUUUUUGCUCUGCUCCUCAUUGCAGUCUCUUGGUCCCAAACCUUCUCUGGCCCAGUUGGAUCCGACCACCCGAUCUGCUGCUUCUCGUACACACAGCACAAGCUCCCACAGAAGCUGGUCCUGCGUUAUUACAGCACCAGCACCAGCUGCAGCCUGCCAGCCAUCGUGUUCAUCACAAAGAAAGGUCGCCAGGUCUGUGCCAAUCCCAGCGCCUCCUGGGUUCAGGGUUACCUGCAAAACUUGAAGCAGAACUGA